AUGCAAAACAUUUCGGAAGCGUCGGUUUCCUCUCCAGAAUUGCAAUGUCCAACUUGUGGAAGAGUAUUUGCUUCGGAAGGUAGUCUAACUAUGCACACGGAAAAUAUGCACAGUGGAGCACGACCGUAUCCGUGUACCAGGUCUGAUUGCAAUAAGACAUUUCCAUCUGCAGAGCACUUGAGGAAACACAUGCGGAAUACACACAAUCCUUCUAGACUAAAAUGCUCGCACUGUGAUUCAUUCUACUCGACUAGUUCAGCUCUUCGACGGCACGAAAGGAUUCACUCAAAGCAAAGAAGAUUUACAUGCACUCGUUGCGGUGCUGGAUUCGACUUGAGUGAACCGUAUAAGAUUCAUCUCCGUCAACAUGAUGGUCUACAACCGUAUUCAUGUUCCGUUUGCGGAAAGAAGUUCACGUCAAGGGCAGUUUGCAGAAGACAUCGCUCUAGCCAUGAUAAAGUUUCAUAA